AAAGAGUGUCCAUUCAUACCAGUUUCCUACGCAGUCGGUUUGCUAUCUCUCUUUCUCUCUCUCUCUCUCUUUUCUUAUCGGAAGAGUAAGAUUCGAGUUCGUGAAUCUAGGGAUCUGCAACCAACAAUGAACCGUCACCACGAUCCCAACCCUUUCGAUGAGGAGGAAGAAGAAAUCGUCAAUCCCUUCUCUAAAGGCGGUGGACGGGUACCUGCUGCAUCUAGGCCAGCUGGAUUUGGUCAAAGCCUUGAUGCUACUGUUGAUAUUCCCUUGGAUAACAUGAAUGACUCUUCACAGAAACAGAGAAAGCUUGCUGACUGGGAAGCUGAGCUUAGGAAGAAAGAAAUGGAUAUUAAACGGAGAGAGGAUGCUAUUGCUAAAUCUGGUGUUCAGAUAGAUGAGAAGAACUGGCCCCCGUUUUUUCCAAUCAUACACCAUGACAUUGCUAAUGAGAUACCAGUUCAUGCUCAGAAGCUGCAGUAUCUGGCUUUUGCUAGUUGGUUAGGUAUCGUUUUGUGUCUGGUAUUCAAUGUGAUUGCAACCAUGGUCUGCUGGAUUAAAGGCGGAGGUGUAAAGAUCUUUUUCCUUGCCACGAUAUAUGCGCUGAUGGGAUGUCCACUUUCUUAUGUUGUAUGGUACAGGCCUCUCUACCGAGCCAUGAGGACUGACAGCGCUUUGAAGUUUGGUUGGUUUUUCUUCACCUACUUGAUUCAUAUUGGCUUCUGCAUCGUUGCUGCCAUUGCCCCACCGAUCUUUUUCCAUGGAAAAUCAUUAACGGGUGUGCUUGCAGCAAUUGAUGUCAUCUCAGACAGUGUAUUAGCCGGGAUCUUCUACUUUAUCGGCUUUGGUCUCUUCUGCUUGGAGUCACUUCUGAGUCUAUGGGUUCUUCAGAAAAUUUACCUCUACUUUAGGGGAAACAAGUAAAAAGAGAAGGAAGAGAGGAUGGUGGUAAUUUUUCCUUUCGGGUAAAAGGUUUGAAGUAUGUGCAUCUCGUAUGAAUAUAAUUACAUAUUACCAUUGUGUUGAGGUAAAUUCUUUAGUUACUAUAGUUGCAAGAGUGGUUGUUCAGCUAUUUCUUUAGUUUUCCUUUUCUGCAAUACCUUUAGUACCAGUGUCGUUCUCUGAACGUUUGGAAUUUUUUCUUGACUAAGUGAACUUUUGAAAGACAA